AUGAGAAAGAAGAUAAAGGCUAAGGCAGCUAAGGAAGCAGCACGUGCAAUCAGACAGGCAAAGAAGAGAGCAAAUAAGGACAAUAAAACAGCAGCGAUGUUCAUGUGCUCCUGGGAUGGCCAAAAUAUGAAGAUUGAGGCUUCACCAUACGUCUUCUGGAAUGGAAAUGCGCCUAUUACAAAGGCAGCACCUGAUUUGAGCAAAGAGGAAAUAGAACGUAUCAGCGAAGAUACAAGCGAGGCACUGAAGAAGUUGAUAUCACUGUCAGGUGAAAAGGAUGAGAUAGUUGACGCGGUUGAUGUAAAGGUAAAGAGUGAAGUAGUUGAUGUAAAGGUAAAGAAUGAGGUAGUUGAUGUAAAGGCAAAGAGUGAGACAAGUGAAAUAAGGGCAAGAAGUAACGUGAGUGAUGUGAGUGAAGAGAGCUCCUCGUUGCAAAGGUGGUCGGAUCCAGGGCCAUCUGAGCAACCUCUUCCAAUCUAUCACCGUCCCAUUCCACCUGUUAAUGGCCAAGAAAGGAAACCAUCAAAGAUCAUUGCCGAUACAAAGGCGUGGUUGAUUGCUAAUGCUUCUUUUCACGAUUCCGUUCUGAAAACAGCUCAGAUUCCUAGGGAUGAAUCAUCUCAGGAAGUUGUACAGGGACCAGCCCAGUCCACUGUACAGAAGUCAAUUCGUGCUUGUAUCCUGAANAGGCGUGGUUGA